AUGAACGUUUUCCGAACCCCUCAGGAAGCCUACCGUGGACCCGACUCGGCGCGGGAGCCGACGUCCCGCCCCGUCGCGUCGGCCCCUCGCCUCCACCCGCCGGGGGGAGCCAGGGGGGGCUCGUCCAGGGCGGCGCGGGAACUGAGCGCCGAAGAGCAGCAGGAGCUGAGGAGGAAGAUCAACAGCCGUGAGAGGAAGAGGAUGCAAGACCUCAACGUGGCCAUGGACGCCCUCAGGGAGGUGAUGGUCCCCUACGCCUCGUCCGCCCCUUCCUCUGCGCCAUCGCACGUGCCCCCCGGCCGCCGGCUCUCCAAGAUCUCCACGCUGGUGUUGGCGCGAAACUACAUCCUGCUGCUGGGCUCGUCCCUGCAGGAAAUGCGCCGGCUGCUGGGCGAGCUGGGCGCGGGGCCCGGCCCCCGCCUGCUGUUGACAGGGGGCUGGCCCCUGGUCUCGGGCCCCGGUCAGCUCCUCCUGCCGGCCGCCCCCUUCAAGUGUCCCCCGCCGUCCGUCGCCGAGGCCCCGCUGGACGCCGCGCGCUGGGGCCCGGGGCCGCCCGCGGGGUUGCCCCUGUGCCCCUGCGGCGUGUGCGGACUGCCCGGGUUGAGCCACCCGGCUCCGCCUCCCAGAUUCCCAAAGUGA